AUGCCACUCAGGAGAUUUAAUACUCACUCAUCCGCACGCCAGAGAAUUCCCGAGACUUAUGAUCUUACAAGUCGAAUAUCAUCCCUCAAAGGAUCAUGUGUUUCUGGGCCAUAUACUGAGGUGAACCAAUGCAAUCUCAGAGAUAGCGGGAAACUAGUAGCAGUCAAGUUGUACAAGUCCAUGUCCGGCUAUCCGCGCGAGAAUCACUCGGAAAGACUCAAUGCGAUUGCUCUUAUCAUCAAGAAAAUUCAUCCGGAAUUACAGUUGCUGUCAUCAAACCUUCUUCAUCACGUCAACAUAGUUCCAUUCCUGGGCUUCAAGAAGGACAAACCGUUCCAUUCCCUGGUCAUACCGUGGAUGCCAGACGGCACUGUCACGUCGUUCAUUCGUACUCAUAAAGCAGUCCUUGAAACAGCUGCCAAGGCGACUCUUUUGCACGACAUUUCCUCUGGCCUUGAAUAUCAUUUUGGCCUCUCCAUUAUAUUGGGCGGCUUUACCAAUUUGUCGGUCACAUACACCGAUGCGAAGAUAGGAGCAGUAGCCUGGGCAGCCCCAGAGCUGUUCUCUGACUCCCAUGAUAGUAGGGGACAAGAUCCAAGCCUACCAAGCGACGUGUACUCUUUCGCAUGCCUAAUGUAUCUGAUUUUUACCGGAUCCCACUUGUGGAACGUGACGGGGCGCAUCGCCGAAACCAACAUCAUGCUUCGUGUAAGGAAAGGCGAAAGACCUUCUAGGCCUGGCGCUAUUAAUGAUACCCGGUAUUGGAGCUUAAUUGAGGAGUGCUGGGAUCAAAAGCCAAGUUUACGUCCAAAGAUCAGCGACGUCUUACUGCAGUUGCGAAAUAUAACUCCUGUGUAA